AUGCAUUUCUUUCAGGCGCACAAUCGAAAGGGCAAGUUUUUGUUUGACGAAUUGUUUGGUCUCGACAUAAGUACCACCGUCGACGACGACGAAGUGUCAAGGAAUUGCACGUGCGAAUGCGGUGUCUCCAAUCAGGAGGAUCGCAUCGUCGGUGGAAGACCAACAACCCCAAACAAAUAUCCCUGGGUGGCACGGCUCGUGUACGAGGGUCGGUUCCAUUGCGGAGCUAGCCUCAUUAAUAAUGAUUACGUUCUUACCGCUGCUCACUGUGUACGUAGGCUAAAGCGUUCGAAGAUUCGUAUAGUUCUCGGUGAUUACGAUCAACAUGUGAAUACUGACGGGAAAGCAAUAAUGAGAGCAGUGAGUGCUAUAAUUCGUCAUAGGAACUUCGAUAUGAAUUCAUACAAUCAUGACGUUGCCUUGUUGAAACUUCGCAAGUCUGUGAAAUUUUCCAAAACCAUUAGACCAAUAUGUUUACCCCAAACAAGUAAUGAUCCAGCUGGUAAAGAAGGGACCGUGAUCGGUUGGGGUCGAACGUCGGAAGGAGGUAUGCUGGCUGGACAAGUCCACGAAGUACAAGUGCCGAUAUUAAGUUUAAUACAGUGUCGUAAAAUGAAGUAUCGCGCGAAUCGAAUCACUGAGAACAUGCUUUGCGCCGGUCAAGGUAGUCAAGACUCGUGUCAAGGUGACAGUGGUGGUCCUCUUGUUGUACAAGAAGGCGACAGACUCGAAAUAGUUGGAAUUGUUUCUUGGGGUGUUGGCUGUGGGAGGCCAGGAUACCCUGGAGUGUACACCAGGGUAACUAGGUACCUAAAUUGGAUCGGCACAAAUAUGCAAGGAGGAUGUUUAUGUACAAACUAA